AUGCAAGUCACUGUGACGACAUUCCAUAAUACCGUGGUGAUAUUUGUCCCGACGGUGUUGCCGAGGUGACCUUGUCGGCUGACCUUGUCGGGUGGACGCUGCUGGGCUAACACUCGCUCACUACACAUUGCUUCUGCACCGCCCAGCCGGUGCUGAGAGAGUCGUUUCAAGAUGGCGGACAAAGUACCUUCCGUACGUCUGAGCAGCGGUUACGACAUGCCAAUGCUUGGCCUAGGAACCUACAACAGUUUCCGGCCAAACGAGGUUGGUGACGCCGUGAAGGCCGCAAUUCAGAUUGGAUACCGCCAUAUUGACACGGCGUGGAUCUAUAGCACGGAACCGGAAAUCGGAGUCGCCAUUAAAGAACUGAUGAAAGAAGGAAAAGUAAAGCGAGAAGAGCUUUUCAUUGUGACAAAGAUUUGGGGCCACCGUCAUGAACCAGAGCAGGUGGAGCAAGCGUGUCGAGAGUCACUGGAGGCCCUGGGCAUGAAUUACAUAGAUCUGUAUCUGAUACACUUCCCUGUGGCCUACGCUGACAAGGAGCGUACCCAGUCGACCCUGACGGACUACUUGGACACGUGGAGGGCCAUGGAGAAGCUGGUGGACAAGGGCCUCGUCAAGUCUAUCGGCGUCUCCAACUUCAACCAACAGCAGCUGGAAAGGAUUCUUAAAAUGGACGGCCUCAAGUACAAGCCUGCGAAUAACCAGGUGGAGAUAACUCCGUAUCUUGCCCAGGACGAACUUGUGCAGUUCUCCCUGAAGAACGGCAUCUCAACGACUGGCUAUGGUCCGUUCGGGGCACCGGGACAGGUGUACAUACCCAAGGAUGCACCAAAGUUCCUGGAACACCCGACCAUUAUCGAACUCGGGAAGAAAUACGGCAAAUCUCCAGCUCAGGUGAUCCUCAGGUGGGGCAUACAGAGAGGCAUUGCUCUCGUUCCCAAGAGUACGAAUCCAUCUCGUCUGGCCCAGAACAUGGAUAUAUUUGACUUUGAGCUAAGUGCGGAUGAUAUGAAGGCAAUGCUAGCUCUCGACAAAGGCUACAGAGUCAACCAUGAACAGUUCCUAAAAUGGAAAGAUCACCCCUUCUAUCCAUUUGAGAAGUGAGCUUGCACAGCACAGAAGAACACACAGUGAGAAAAUCAGCGACGAUCAGAGUAUUGUUUUCAUCAUUUGUUCCUAUUAUUUGUGUGAUCAUAGUCAAUGUGAAACAAACGAAUGUUUACAAUGAUUACAUGUGUGUUGAAUAAACAUAUAUCAUAAUGACA